AAAAUGUUUAGGUAGAGAAACAUAGCUUUGCCAUAUGGAUGCUGAUCUCCUCCAACGGUUCAACCCCGAGGAGUUCUACCGCCACUUCUUGGCCGAUGGGCUGCGACCCGAUGGCCGCUCCUUGCGGGAGCCACGGAGAGCGGAGCUGCAGCGGAAAGCUUUAGGUUCCGCCUUGGGCUCGGCCUCCCUCCGCUUGGGCCGCUCCAGUGCGUUGGCCGGUGUGCGCGGAGAGCUGGAUGAGAUAGGUCGCAUCGAGGUCUCGGUGGACCUGCCGCCGCUUUGCUCUGCUCUCUUCCGGGAGAAGCACCGCGCGCUUGGCCAAAUGUCCUUCCUGUCCAAGACUCUGACGGAGGUCCUGAAUUUGCAAUCAGUCUUUGAUGCCACCCAGCUGGUAUGCCAUGGCGAAGCAUCCUGGGUGCUUCAUGUGCACAUUAUUUGCCUGAACUAUGAUGGCAACGCCUUUGACCUUUGCCUCCUUGCAGCUAUAGCUGCGCUGGAGGACACCGACCUCCCAGCGCUGAUGAAGGAGCCUGGAACGGAGGCCGAGAGGUUGGCGAUUGCUCCCGCAGAGUCGGAGAUCGUCGCGGAGGCACGCAAAUUGGUUCUGCUUGCGAGACCUUUGCCUGUGACCUUUGCUCGGAUGCCAGGCGGCCAAUGGGUCCAGGACCCUUGUGCCGUUGAGGAGUCUCUGGGCGCCUCAGUCUCUCUGUGUUUGGUGGAUGGACGAUGGCUGGUCUUUCAUCAGGGUGGUGGUGCUGAUGCCAACCGCUUUCUAGAAGAGCUGAUGCCGGUGGCCCGCACUUCAACCGAGAAGCUUGCAAAGCUUUUGGACGAUCCAUGAGAGAAUGCAGAGAGGAAAAGGAUCA